UCAGCCACUGCAUCGAAGACGGUCUUGCGUACACGACUAGCCCAUACCCGGUCCCCGCGAGGACGACGGCACGGACGCAAUUGCGAAGGCAGUCGCGAGCGAGAGCUGAAGCUCCCUCCGCUCGACGGGCCCGUCUACGGCGCAGCUUCCUCCGCGACCACCCACUCUCCGCGCACUUUCCCGCCGCCAUCCUCACCACCGCCGCAUACUCCGCCGUGUGCUGGUGGCAUUCACUGCCCGCAAGAUGGCUGACCAGAAUGAGAGUGUUCAGCAGCGGAUCCAGAUAGCGCGCCGUGAUGCGGAAGCGCUGAAGGACCGCAUCAAGAGGAAGAAGGAUGAGCUUGCCGAUACCACUCUCCGUGAUGUCGCGCGACAACGGACGGAGCAGCUACCCCGAUUGGCCAUGAAAACGAAGAGGACACUCAAGGGACAUCUCGCAAAGAUCUACGCGAUGCAUUGGUCGACCGACCGCAGGCACCUGGUAUCAGCUUCGCAGGAUGGCAAGCUGAUCAUCUGGGAUGCAUACACCACGAACAAAGUACACGCCAUUCCGCUCCGCUCAUCCUGGGUCAUGACAUGCGCCUAUUCACCAAGCGGCAACUACGUGGCUUGCGGAGGUCUGGACAACAUCUGCUCAAUCUACAAUCUCUCCGCGCGAGAAGGUCCGACGCGGGUCGCCCGCGAAUUGAGCGGUCAUUCAGGAUACCUCAGCUGCUGUCGCUUCAUCAACGACCGACGCAUACUUACAUCCUCUGGCGACAUGACUUGUGUGCUGUGGGAUAUCGAGACGGGCCAGAAGAUCACGGAGUUCGCAGACCACCUCGGGGAUGUCAUGAGCUUGAGCAUCAAUCCAUUGGAUAACAACCAGUUCGUGUCCGGCGCUUGCGAUGCAUUCGCCAAAUUGUGGGACAUUCGGCAACAGAAGUGCACCCAAACAUUCGCGGCCCACGACUCCGACAUCAAUGCCAUUCAAUUCUUCCCCAACGGCCACGCAUUCGGUACCGGAUCCGACGAUGCAUCUUGCAGAUUGUUCGACAUUCGUGCAGAUCGCGAGCUGCAAAGUUACACCAUUGGCGAGCCAGUAUGCGGCAUCACAUCAGUGGCUUUCUCCGUCUCAGGUCGACUCCUCUUCGCCGGAUACGACGAUUUCGAGUGCAAGGUGUGGGAUGUUCUCCGUGGCGAGCGAGUUGGUACUCUUCAAGGGCACGACAACCGCGUCAGCUGCCUGGGCGUUAGCAACGAUGCCAUGUCAUUAUGCACAGGCUCCUGGGACUCGAUGGUUCGUCGUGUGAUUGAUCUUCGAGUUCAUUGUUGUAUGCUGACUAUCCUGCUAGCUUCGUAUCUGGGCGUAGUCGAUAUCGUAGACUGA